AUGGAAGAGAGAGUUUUGAAAUAGGUUGUGCUCUUUGUGAGGACAACAAUAUAUAUUUAAUUUCAUAACUAAAAACGUAUUUAUCAAAAACCAAAACUUUCAAAUUGUUUAAGAGAAUAUAUUAAUCAGGAUGAUCAGGAAGUUUGCACUUUUUUCUGA